AUGUCUAAAACGGAGGGAAUGGAGGGUAAGUGUGUCUGUGUGUGUUUGGUCAGUUUCCUUGGUCUGUGCGGGCACUCUCCCUAUUUAUAAUUUUUUUAUUUCAUUUUUUACUAUUUUCCGAACCCCACCUGCAGUGUACAUAAAAUUGGUUUGGGGUGAAAUGUUAGUAAAAUGGGUGUUGUCUCGAUUAGGGAUUGAGCCUAUGGAUAGCCAUAUUGGUUUAAAAGCACGUUGCCUGUAUACUUUUCCCAUUUGUCCUUUGCAAGUUGAUUUAUUAAUGUUCUGUCUGUAUACUGUUCUAUGUAAGUUUAUGUCAAAUGCAUUACUUGUCCACAGAGUUAUGGGGACAAUGUAAAUGGUUGUUUGGCUAAUGUGUGAAAUGCAUUGUCUUUGAGAGUUAAUGUUAAGCCUGCUUGCUUGCUAAUGAUGCAUUUGCCUGUUCUUGCAGACCUUGGGACAACUGUGCAGUAUUUCACCUUUGCCAUAGACCUUGUAGAGAAAGGUAAGUUGUCAACAGAAUUUUGGCCCAAUAACAAAAGGCUUAAUAUACGUUUAUAUAAUGAGGUUGUUAACCAAAGAUCCAAUAGGCAUAGAACAGUAUACAUCCCCAUUCUUUAAGCUCUACAAUAAAUCAAGUCAAAACAUGCUAACCUUAGAGUUAAAGGCAUACUAGAGUAGUUUCAAAUUUAGCUGCUUUUCAGUCACCCCUGCUGAUUAAUUCGAACUAUUUUAAAGUCCAUCAAUCUUAGGUUAAUGAAAUGUCUGAAUUACACUGUGAAAGUGGAUGGUUUGGAUGAAUCGGGAAAAACACUACAGAAAAGAAUGUUAACAUUUGUUGGUUGGCCCUGAAUGCAAUAAUAUAUCCAAACAGGCGUCUGAGUUAUGUGCAUAUAACUUAAAUUGUAAAUAGCUUUUUUGAAUUUCUAUAAUAAAGUGCAUGAAUUGUUUCCACUUCCAUUUUUGCAGACAUCCAUCAACCAAACAUGCUGUGGAACUGUAAACGUUUUUCCUACCAUUCCCAAGGAAAUCUUCUCAAACACUACCGUUUAAUACAUAGUCCUUUGGCAUGUUUGUAUGAAACCUGCAUCUGCACCUUUGGCUCUUUGAAUUCACAAAAAAUUCAUUUGUCAAGACUCCAUGCACCGAUACGUGCAUGUUCAGCUGUCGAGACACAUUUGGCGUUCCACUGCCCAAUUUGUGCUUUUACACAACCAUUUGAUGAGAGAGAGCUUUUUGUCACAUUUAAGAGCACAUGUGAAGAAUCAUGAAAUGGUUCAGUGUCCAGUUAAAGAUUGCACAUUAAAACAAAUGUGUCAAGAAACCAUUCCUCUUUAAGCUCUACUGAUUUCAAAGUUGGCAUUGUGAGACAAGCAAGUGAGUCCCUAGAUGGUUUUUCUCAAAGCCAAAUUACAGAUGUUGCAGGUAGCUCCAAGGAUGAUGAAUCAAAUGCGCGGGAUAGCACACCUUCUCUUAAACAGCAGCUGCAGCAAAACCUGGCCUCCUUGCUGUUAAAAUUACAAUCACUUCUUCAUGUGUCACAAAGUGCAACUCAAGAAAUGCUAGUGAACUUGGAUCAACUGCUCUUACUAUCUAAACCCCUAAUGAAACAAACAGUCUCGGAAAUUCUAGAAAAACAUAAUGGUAAUGUGAGCACUGAUGUCGUCAAGGAAAUUGUGAAUGGCAUAGUAGACAAUGACGUUCUUCACAGUUGUACUUCAAAAGAUGGACCUUUGUCAACAGCAUAAAGAAGGAAUACUUAUUAUGAUAGGAAAUUCCCUGUGGUGAAGCCAAUUGAGUACACCACAGAUGGUGCAAAACAUUCCAUAAUGUAUGUCCCCAUCCUCACAAUGUUACAAGAAUAAAAAAUGUAUGUUUUAGAGCAAGCAAUGAAGAAGCUGCACAACAAGGUGGCCAGUAUGCAUCAUAUCGUGAUGGAUAAUUUUGUAAAGACAAUGAAAUGCUUUCUAGUGAGGAGUUUAAGGUUGCUGUUCAACUCUAUAUUGAUGAUUUUUAAGUAGCUAACCCACUUGGUACAUCAAGAAAAAAGCACAAAAUAUGCUGUGUUUACUGGACUUUAGCCAAUAUUCAACAUUGCAUACAAUACAGCUAGCAUUGCUAUGCAAUUUCAGUGACUUGAAGACUUGUGGAUAUGCAAAGGUUUUGGAGCCACUGUUGAAUGACUUAAACAUUGUGGAAACAAAAGGUUUAUAUGUUGACACUUUUGGAGAAUGUGUUCAAGGUACAGUGUAUGUUGUGGCUGAUAAUUUAGCUGCACAUGGACUUGCAGGGUUCAAAGAGAGCUUUAGUGGAAAAUACAUUAGCAGAUUUUGUCGGGCAAUGAAGGAGGACAUUCAAACAUAUGAGGCAAGGACUUUCGAGAUGAGAACAAAAGAAAGCCUUGAUAAUUUAUGUAACGAUAUACAGUUGAAGUCGGAAGUUUACAUACUCCUUAGCCAAAUCCAUUUAAACUCAGUUUUUCUAAAUUCCUGACAUUUAAUCCUAGUAAAAAUUCCCUGUCUUAGCUCAGUUAGGAUCACCACUAUAUUUUAAGAAUGUGAAAUGUCAGAAUAAUAGUAGAGAGAAUUAUUUAUUUCAGCUUUUAUUUCUUUCAUCACAUUCCCAGUGGGUCAGAAGUUUACAUACACUCAAUUAGUAUUUGGUAGCAUUGCCUUUAAAUUGUUUAACUUGGGUCAAAUGUUUUGGGUAGCCUUCCAAAAGCUUCCCACAAUAAGUUGGGUGAAUUUUGGCCCAUUCCUCCUGACAGAGCUCGUGUAACUGAGUCAGGUUUGUAGGCCUCCUUGCUUGCACACGCCUUUUCAGUUCUGCCCACAAAUUUUCUAUAGGAUUGAGGUCAGGGCUUUGUGAUGGCCAUUCCAAUACCUUGACUUUGUUGUCCUUAAGCCAUUUUGCCACAACUUUCGAAGUAGGCUUGGGGUCACUGUCCAUUUGGAAGACCCAUUUCUGACCAAGCUUUAACUUCCUGACUGAUGUCUUGAGAUGUUGCUUCAAUAUAUCCACAUCAUUUUCCUUCCUCACGAUGCCAUCUAUUUUGUGAAGUGCACCAGUCCCUCCUGUAGCAAAGCACCCCCACAGCAUGAUGCUGCACCCACGUGCUUCACGGUUGGAAUGGUAUUCUUCGGCUUGCAAGCGACCCCCUUUUUCCUCCAAACAUAACGAUGGUCAUUAUGGCAAAACAGUUCCAUUUUUGUUUCAAUCAGACCAGAGGACAUUUCUCCAAAAAGUAUGAUCUUUGUCCCCAUGUGCAGUUGCAAACCAUAGUCUGGCUUUUUUAUGGCGGUUUUGGAGCAGUGGCUUCUUCCUUGCUGAGCGGCCUUUCAGGUUAUGUCGAUAUAGGACUUUUUUUACUGUGGAUAUAGAUACUUUUGUACCUGUUUCCUCCAGCAUCUUCACAAGGUCCUUUUCUGUUGUUCUGGGAUUGAUUUGCACUUUUCGCACCAAAGUACGUUCAUCUCCAGGAGACAGAACGCAUCUCCUUCCUGAGCGGUAUGACGGCUGCGUGGUCCAUGGUGUUUAUACUUGCGUACUAUUGUUUGUACAGAUGAACGUGGUACCUUCAGGCAUUUGGAAAUUGCUCCCAAAGAUGAACCAGACUUGUGGAGGUCUACACAUUUUUUCUGAGGUGUUAGCUGAUUUCUUUUGAUUGUCCCAUGAUGUCAAGCAAAGAGGCACUGAGUUUGAAGGUAGGCCUUGAAAUACAUCCACAGGUAUACCUCCAAUUGACUCAAAUGAUGUCAAUUAGCCUAUCAGAAGCUUCUAAAGCCAUGACAUCAUUUUCUGGAAUUUUCCAAGCUGUUUAAAGGCACAGUCAACUUAGUGUAUGUAAACUUCUGACCCACUGGAAUUGUGAUACAGUGAAUUAUAAGUGAAAUAAUCUGUCUGUAAACAAUAUUUGGAAAAAUUACUUGUGUCAUGCAAAAAAGUAGAUGUCCUAACCGACUUGCCAAAACUAUAGUUUGUUAACAAUAAAUUUGUGGAGUGGUUGAAAAACAAGUUUUAAUGACUCCAACCUAAGUGUAUGUAAACCUCCGACUUCAACUGUAGAAUCUGGCAUAAGUGCAGAGAACUAUUGUGUGAAGAGUGCUUGUGUUUUUUUCACAGCAACUACAGAACUUUCAUACAACAAGUGGAUUUCCUCCAGAUAUCCUUCAUGAUUUCCUAGAAGGUAGAAAUGUCUCUGUGUCUACAAUAAUUAAUUAGAAAGAAGUGUUUCUCGUUAAAACAAUUGAACAUUGCUAUUGUCAAGUUUCCUUAUGAGAACAGUGACAGAGUUGAUCGACCUCAGCCUAUACCUAAGAGCUUUGUAAAAAGAAAACGAGGCAAUGGCCACGAAAAUCUCACAUUGCUUAGGCUGCUUCCUGCAAUAAUUGGCUACGAGGUACCAGAGGAUGAGAGUGCUUGGGAGAUUUUGAUGGAUUUGAAAGACAUUGUGGAACUAGUAUUGUGUCAUGUGUUCACAGAGGAAGUGAUUCAGUACUUGACUUUAAAGAUAUCCGAUCAUAGACAACUACUGCAGAAGGUAUUUCCACAUGUCCAACUGUGUCCAAAGUAUCACUUCAUUGAACAAUAUCUACAAUUGUACAUUUCUGGACGAUCAGAUUUGAAGGAAAGCAUCAAGUAUUUAAAAAGAUUAUACAUGACGCACAAAACUUCAAGAACCUUAACAAAACCCUUGCGCAAAGACAUCAUAGAAUGAUAGCAUAUCAUAUCAUAUUUUUUAACACUCUUCCGACUGUAGCACAGGAUUAUAUUCAGGAAAUAACUGACAGCACCUCGGUGUACAGCACUUCACAUGUUGUUGUAGACAACACACAUUUUGUCAGUGGCAUGUUUGUUUGCACUAGACUACAUGGUGGUUUGCCCCAAUUCAAACAAAUUGGAAACAUCAUACUCGUCAACAAUCAAACUCUGUUUCUAUGCCAAAGCUGCCAGUCUUGGUAUAUAGAGCACCUGCGCUCCUAUGAGGUGACAACAGAAGAGUCAUAUGUUGUAACAACACCAUCAGAUCUCCAUGACUUCAUGCCUCUAACUGCAUACAGACUGAAUGGACAACUUGUCCUUACUACUAAGCACUUCAUACUUUUGAGCAGGCAGAAAAGUAAUCUUUGUUCCUCUGUCCUACAGCGACUCAGACUGAGAGUCCACUUAGGAGACGGAGGCAUUGAAUGGGUGACACUCCCCUGUCGUCCAGAUUCUGUCCCUCAACUGACUAAUUUACUGCGUGACAAAUUAGAAAUUCCAUACAGUGUCCUUGUCCAGUUUGAAGACCCUGAUUUUGGUUGCCAGCUAUGCAAUCUGACCAGUAUUCAUGAACUACAAAACAUGGGAACUGUCAAAUUGAUCAGAGUAAUGGACUAUAGCUCAACUUCCGACUCUGCAGGGAAAAGUGACAGUGGAGAGACCGACAGCUGCCUAACACCCCAAAGGGAAAGUGCAUGGCCAGACGUGUUUGUGGAUCCCAACUUUCCACAUGACAUAGAUUUUGCUCUCAGGGAAGGCAAUGAAGCUAAAGAUCUGCAUGGGAAAUGCCUUACUUUAAACUAAGAGCAAAAACAUACGAUUCUUGAGGGCAUGGCUAGAGCAAUAUUUGAAUACAAGGCGUACCCUUGCAGCAAGGAGAUUAAAAGUGCUGAUGAAGCAUUUGUUCAGAAACAUCCAUGCCUGGAAGAGUCUGGCUCCAAAAGUAGCUGUGAUGGAUGGAGAGACAGCUUGGUGUUCAAAAUGGGCAAUUUCAGAAGCAAACUCAGCAAGUCAGGGUGUCCAGAAGUGAAAGUUAACAGUGGCAAGAGAAGUAAAAGUAGCCCAGAUGGCGACUCGCCACAUUCAAAGAUAAAGUGGCCUCGACAAGCAGAAGUAAAGCAGUUUUCAAUUGCCUUUGUACUUUGUUUUAGGUAUGUGCAGAGUACCAUUGCAUCACAAACCAGCAACUCCGGGAUUCGUUUUAUUCCAUGUUGGACCAACACACAGAACGCUUGCUAGCCCUAUCCAGAGAGAAGCAGGGAAAGACUGCAAGAAAUGGACAGAAGAUAGCUGCCAUUCUGAAUUUGUACAGUGAUACCCUUACACAGAUGUAUAGUUCAUGUUUCUCUGUAGCAACCACGUGACGUGAACACCGAUGAAACUGUUGUCCUCAGAUGUCUUCCAGCAAUACUCCAAGAGGAUGACUAUGUAGUGUUCAUAACAUGCACGGUGGGUUGUGUUUGUGUGCGAAGUUGUUCAAAUAUUAUUUGACCCAAAAUAAAGGAGGGGAGAAACUACCUGUGUGUCUUCAUAAGAGUUUAUUGUGACAUGAUCAUAAUAGUUUCAUGUUCUUUCUCAGGAGUGAACAUCCCAAGACCCUGCACACAUCAAGAGACCAGCAGCCAUCAUCUCAGUCAUUGAUGACAAUGGAGAUAUAGCUGCUAUGCCAUUCCAUCCAGGAAGAGUCUACGUGGUCCUUGAGGAAAAGGUGGUUAUGAAGGAUUUCCGGUGCUGGCCUGAUGCACUUGUAUGUUUGUACGGGCUAAUGUACUCACUCCAACAUGGAUACCCGAAUUGCAUGAAGAACAUGUUUGGGUUUAUAUAA